GAUUUCCGCGUCGGUCAAGUUCGAGUCAUGUUCACCUUCCCACCAAAAUCCAUCCCACUGCUCUUCCCACCAACGGUCCAUCUUCCUACUCACCUUGUGUAUGUUGAAUGGUUUACACCAUUUCCGCCAGCUCCAGACCGCAAUAGCGGGCUAUAUAAGCUCUCGUGA